AUGUCCGCCAACGACAAGCCCAUCCGGCGUUCGCUAGAUUCGCGUCUGCCGCCCUGGAUUGCGCGUUGGAUUGGCAUCCGCACUCAGCCACCAAAACCAAAAUCAACCUAUGUUCCCUACCUGUGGGCAUUUAUUGGCGCAUUCUGCGGUCUGUCUCUUCUGCAGGCCGUCUUCGGCCAUGCACCCUACUUCAUUGAGAGGGGAGUACCGCCCAUCAUCGCAUCCUAUGGUGCUACUGCCGUGCUCUGCUAUGCUCUGCCCGAGGCCCCAUUGGCCCAGCCGCGCGCAGUUUUGGGCGGCCACUUCUUCAGCGCGUUGACCGGCAUCAUCAUCGCCCGGAUUUUCCAGCUCAACAACCUCAAAGACGACGAGAGCCCUCGGCGCCUCGCUUGGCUAGCUGCCACCCUGGCCUCCUCCAUCGCAAUAGUUGUCAUGCAAGCAACCAAGACAGUCCAUCCGCCCGCGGGAGCGACAGCACUCUUGCCCAUUGUUACUCCGGCUGUCAACAGACUGAACUGGUACCUUUUGCCUGUGGUUCUACUGUCAUCUGUCCUGAUGAUUGUUGUCGCCUUGAUCACCAACAACAUCCAGCAGAGGUAUCCCGUUUUCUGGUGGGCUCCAAAGCCGCCACCGAAGGCUCCUGCUACGUUGCCGGUCGCGAGUGAGAAUGGAACGAAAUAG